ACUGGCUCUCGCAACCUCCAACUCCAAGGUUACCUCAUCCACCUGGAUACCUAUUCACUUCGUCCCUUUCCUUUGCCUCGCCACCUGUUUGUUGUCCCGCGGCGCUUUGCCGCGAUCUUGUUUCUGUUUUCGGGCUCGAGUUUGUUGUGUUCUUUUCAGCAAUAUACAGCUCCAUCCACAAGCCUGCCGCCUUCACGGUUCGCUUGUUCCGGCCAUCCCACCUUCGCAAUCUGGUCGCAUCGAUCACAUCAUCAUGAUAUUUGACCGACUCGACCACAAGGCUAUCUCUAUUUUCCACGCUGUAAGUACUAUACAUUUCCUUCCUCUAACUAGCCAUGUGCAUGUGGAUCGCCUUUGCCCGCGACCAACGGGUCUGGCUGCGCCAUUUGGAGCCUUCGGCGUCGACUAUGCCUUGACGCAACCGCCAGAGCUGCCCCCUUGAUUCUGCCCAACUUCGGCCAUGGGCUUUCACAGUAUCAUUAUCGCAUCAGUGGCUAAUAUCCCUCGUUUAGUAAUUCUCUCGACCUCUGCGUCUCUGCACCUUUCACCAAAGUCGCAAUCAUGUCGUUCUUUGGAUUCAAUAACGGCCAUAACACGGCGGCCACUGGCUUUUCACAGGCCCACAAUCCCUUCCAAGGCCUUUCUGGCCGAGACGACGAUGGCGAUGCUUUGGAGUUUGAAGACACCUAUGACGGGCUUGGAGAUCAGCUCGAAGAAACCAAGGACGCUUACAACGAUGAUACUUUCGGGGAUACUAGCGACAUAGCUGCCGCGCCUGUUGGCAAGGAUUUUGAUUUCUUCUCGCAAACUGCCAAGGUUCAGAAUGCCAUCGAGGAGGAACAUUAUCUUUUCAACCGUCAGCAGCCGCCGGCCCGGUCCGCCCAGCCUGCCCAGCCUGUCCAGCAGAUGUCUUACGGUCAGCCGUCUCUUCAAAGCGCAGCCUCGUACGGCUAUACAUCUCAGGGCCACUAUCGCACCGGCUACGAGAAGUAUUCAAAUGACAAGUACAACAACAACGAGCCGGUUCCCGAAUUGCAGGUUGAUGCCUCUCUCUGGGGUGUGGCGCCGAAGAAGCCGGCACAGCCUGCCCCUCAGGUCUCCCAGCAGGCUGCCCAGUCGAGUUCCGCGCCCAGUCGCAAGAUUCUAAGCCUGGAGGAAGUCGAGGCUCAAAUGAGGGCUCAGGCCCAGGCCAAGGCUGCCCAAGCUACACCAUCUCCGGCUCCUCAUGCUCAAGGCCCUUCGCAAAUCCCUUAUGACCCGGCCAUUCAAUUUGCUCAACCGGCUCAGCAACAAUUUGUUCCCCCGGUUGAUCAUGCCAGACAAGCUCUCCCGAUUCACGUACUGCAAAGACCUCAGUCCACUCAAGCGCCUUCGCCCCAGCCCCCGGUCCAACCUGCUGCUCAUCAACGGCAACCGUCAUCGACUUCUGUUCAGCCAACUCAAAUCUUGCAGAAUCCGAAUCGUCUCUCUGGAGAUGCCGCUAGAAUGGGGAUGCAGCAGCAUCCCACGCCUCCGGUACCAGGGCCUUCUGCCCCCCCAACUCAACCCGCCCAUAGACAGCAGGGUUCUUUCGGGAGACAGCCCAACAUCAUAACGCAUCCAUCCCAGGUGUCCCAGCUUACCGAGGAGCAAAGGGCCGCCUACAUGGAACAGGAGGCUAAGCGCGCUAAACGGAACCACAAGAUCUACCUGAUGUCUCGUGACAACGGUGUCAUGACACCCCAGGACAAAAGCUUCGUCACACGCAUUCAGCUUCAGCAGCUUGUUGCCGCCACUGGCAACCCGAACGAGCACGGGACUGAUGAGUCGCUUGCCGAAGAUUUUUACUAUCAAGUUCAUAGCUCGCUUCAGGGCGGUCAAAGGCAACACCCCAACCAGCCGCUCAACAACUUUGCACAGACCUAUCUUUUCCAGACUGGCAACAGGUCGGGUCACAUGCGUCGCCACCGAGGCCCUGAGAAUCAUAUGCAGCGUAUGGAACAGCAGGUCCAGCGAGCUGUUGAAGCUGCCAAGAACAAGCCCAAGAACAAGCAACUCGUCAUCGAGGGAAGUCUGGGCAAAAUUUCAUUCAGCAACGCCAAGACACCCAAGCCGCUGCUUAACAUCAAGCGCACAGAGAGCACCGAUGAUGCCAACCGUCCUAGCAGUGCGCACAAGGUCGUCAGUGCCGGCGAUCGUAAGAGUGAUCUGCGCACCAUUGAACGCAUCUAUACCAUACUCAUGAAGAUGGAAGACCACGACCGCGUCCUGCCACCUCCCCCUACAAGCGACACCGAUGUUGAAGGUCACCAGCGGGGCAUGCGUUGGAGCAACGAAGCCCAAGCCCUGAACCAGGAUCUGUGGUCCGCGCUGAGAGUCUACGAUGAACCUCAACCGGGACACCCCCAUCCUUUUGUUGCGCUUCUGUCAUAUAACAAGGGUAUGAAGGCUAUGAACAGGAUCUUCCGCCAUCUCAGCCAGGAGCAGCGCACCACCAUUCUCACCUUGGUUAUCGUCAAUCUUGACAAGCUUGAUGUUGUUGUCAACGCCCAGGUGACGUCCGCCGCGGUCCAGCUGACAGCUGCAAUGCGCGAGAAUAUUCACAUUUUCUCCAACGCCGUCAUGAAUACGCUCUUCAACUUCUUGAACGAGCUCGAUCUUGACAUCGUUGCCGGUCUGUUGUCUAUUCUUUCCAAGCAACGAUUGGACAUUAUUGCAAAGAGUCGCAUCGGAGCUUCCAUGAUCACCAUGAUCCUGAGCCGCGCCGAAAUUAUUAAGGUUAAUGUUGGAAACACCCAUCCAUCCUGGCAGGCUUGGGACAUGUGUCACACUGACUUUUUCGAUCGUCUCGAACCUACGCUUCCCUAUAUGUUCCCUGGCUCUGUGAACACCGCCGAUGACAUUUACGUAUGGCAACUGCUCGCGGCGCUUGGCAUAGGAGCUAGCCCAGAGCAGCAGCAGAGGCUUGUACUUGCUGUCAAGGACCGCGUCAUGGACACGGUCGCUUUGUCAAAGACACUCCCCGCAGACAUGGGCGCCCAGCGUCUCCAGAAUGUGAACCUCUUCAUGCGCAGCAUUGGGUUGGAUGUCGAGCUUCUACAGUAAUUAAUGAGCAGUGCCAGGUUUGGCAGGGUCUCGUACCGCUGAGGGCAGAAGGAUCUUUGAUAGGUGUCAAUCCUGGAUUUUCUUUUCGUCAUAAUCGCACAAAAGUUUUGAUGCAUCAUGAAGCGGAGCGCACAAAGCACGGCAGGUUCUAUACUGGCAGCGCAUUAUUUUUCAUUGCACAAUAGUAUUUAUGGAAAGCUGCUCUAACUGGCAAUGAUACCCAACAAAACGGAUGGUGGAAAAUGGCGGGGAACUUCUGGAGGGAGAGUCAGGAAAGGCUGGUGUGGAAGUUUAUGUGAUCUUUUGUCUAAAAUUAGGAGCAUAGCCAUACGUGAAUUAUUGAUUUCUUGCGUGCGGUAUUUGGGACGUGU